UCACUAUAUGCGCAGGUUGAGCAUCAGUAUUCUCAUAGAUUGAAAGUAAAUGUGGUGAGAGCUGAAAAUGUGACGAAAGGAGCAUUUGGGGAUUUAUUGGACACCCCAGACCCUUAUGUGGAACUGUCCAUUCCAACCACACCAGAGUCAAGAAAACGAACACGCCACAUAAAUAAUGACAUUAACCCGAAGUGGAAUGAAACAUUUGAGUUCAUAUUGGAUCCCAAUCAACCCAAUGUUUUGGAGAUGACACUGAUGGACGCUAAUUAUGUCAUGGACGAAACUCUGGGCACAGCUAAAUAUUCCCUUUCAAAGCUCAAAGUGGGGGAGACAGAGCAUGUGACCCUAUCUAUUGGCAAGACGACAAAAGUGUUCCUCGACAUGAUCUUAGAAGUGUGUGCGUCCACAGACUUGCGCUUCAGCAUGGCUCUGUGUGAUCAGGAGAAACUCUUCAUGCAGACGCGCAGGGACAGAGUUAUGCUCAGUAUCAAGAAGCUUCUAAAAAUGGAAAACCCACGCUUCCUUCCAGCCUCACCUAGAGAGGUUCCCACCAUCGCCAUUUUGGGUUCUGGAGGCGGUUUCCGUGCAAUGGUUAGCUUCUCUGGUGUGAUGAAGGCUCUGUAUGAAUCUGGGGUGCUUGACUGUGCAACGUACGUGGCAGGACUUUCUGGAUCAACAUGGUAUAUGUCCAUGCUGUACUCGCACCCUGAAUUUCCCGCUAAAGGCCCAGGGGAUAUUAAUAAGGAGCUGAUGAGCAGAGUCAGCAAUAACCCACUCAAACUGCUCCUGCCCCAAAACAUCAAUCGCUACGUCAAAGCACUGUGGAAGAAGAAAUCGGGCGGACAGCCGGUCACUUUCACUGACAUCUUCGGGAUGUUGAUCGGAGAGACUCUAAUUCCAGGGAGAAUAGACACUAAACUGAGCUCCAUGCAGACGAAGAUUAAUGAAGGUCAGAGCCCCCUUCCUCUCUUCACCUGUCUGCACGUCAAACCUGAUGUCUCUGAGCUCAUGUUCGCAGACUGGGUGGAGUUCAGCCCGUAUGAGAUUGGCAUGGCCAAAUAUGGCACCUUCAUGUCUCCGGGGCUGUUUGGGAGCAAGUUCUUCAUGGGCAGCGUUGUGAAACAAUAUGAGGAAAACCCCUUACAUUUCCUCAUGGGUGUAUGGGGCAGUGCUUUCUCUAUCCUCUUUAACCGGGUUCUGGGAGUGAAGGAGACAGCCAGUAGCAGCACAAUGGAAGAGGAGCUGGAGCAAAUUAAACCCGAGCAUAUUGUGGGUGAUGAUUCAGCAGAUAAUGAGGAGGAAACUCAAAGGGGAGGCACAGAGAGCGCAGAGGCAGAAGAUGAGCGGCAGCGUCAUGCCCAGGCUAGCUGGGUUCAGCGCAUGCUGACCUCCAUAAUGGGGGACACCACCCUGUUCACCACACGUGAGGGCCGUGCCGGCAAGGUGCACAAUUUCAUGCUGGGACUCAACCUAAACUCUUCCCUGCCUUUCUCUGCCUUCACUGGCCUCAUGCACCAGACCUCAGUGGAUGAGGAGGUUGAUGCUGUUACAGAUCCUGACGAGUUUGAGCGAAUCUAUGAGCCCUUGGAUGUGAAGAGUAAGAAAAUCCACAUAGUGGACAGCGGUCUGACCUUUAACCUGCCCUAUCCUCUCAUUCUGCGGCCACAGAGAGGAGUUGACCUCAUCAUUUCCUUCGACUUCUCAGCCAGGCCCAGUGACUCCAGCCCACCAUUCAAAGAGCUACUGUUGGCUGAAAAAUGGGCCCGUAUGAAUAAGCUGCCGUUCCCUAAGAUCGAUUCGAAAGUAUUUGACCGAGAGGGUCUGAAAGAGUGCUAUGUGUUCAAACCCAACAAGGGAGAUAAGAGCUGCCCAACUGUCAUUCAUUUUGUCUUGGCCAACAUCAACUUUCGGAACUUUAAAGCCCCAGGAGUUCCUAGAGACACAGACAAGGAGAUAGAGUUUGGCGACUUUGACAUAUUUGACGAUCCAGCCUCUCCCUUCUCCACUUUCAACUUCCAAUACUCCAACCAGGCCUUCAGGAGGCUUCAUGACCUCAUGGAGUUCAACACGCUGAACAACAUUGAGGUUAUAAAAGAAGCAAUUAAAGACAGCGUUCUGCAGAGACGAGAGAACCCCUCACGCUGCACGGUUUCCCUAUCACUCAAUGAAAUUGAAAACAAGAAGUUCCUGAAACGGGAUACCAGCAAUGCAAAACGACCCACCUAACAGAUAGCUGCAAAAGCCUUGACGUGUGAGACUGCGUUGGUCCACUGGUGCUGAUUCUCAUUCAGCCAUUUCAUGAGAAUCACUGAGCAGAUUCAUCAGACAAGACUGGACUGACCUUAUUACAGGGUCAUUUUUAUGAUGCUUUCCAGGCAACUUUGAAUUCUCCCAUCUCCUACUUAAAGAUAACCACUGGAAAGGCACUCGGUAGGGUUAUUAAUGUAAAACUAAGAUUAAAACCAUAAAAAACAUGUAUAUCAGUGAUUCUAAAAUAGCACUGGUACAAACCCCAACUCCAAUAAGAAGCACCAUUUGACGUCAUUACCAAGAUGGUGACAAAUAAAAUGACAUUCUGAUGGCUAUUUUGAAGUAGAGGUGGACAAUUCCAACAUCCAGGUUGUCUGGAACGCAUCAUGACUGGAUUGCUCUAAUGGUGGGAAAUGGAAAAUUUCAAUUCAAGUCUUCCCACCUCUGACUUCAUCUAGAAUGCAGCAUCAGGAACACAGAAUUUACAGCCAUUUUUUGUAUUUUCUGCACUGAUUUUGGGGGAACUUCUAUGGAAUAGAUUUGAAUAUGGUAAAAUGUUUUGUGUAUGGCAAAAUAAUCUGAGAGACGAGAGUACUACGCUCUUAUUGGUCACUGAAAACAUUAUCAAAUUAGCCAAAAAUAUUUAAUAAAUAGACACACAAUGGGCAGGGGACGUGAAGAACUUUACAACAUUCAGAACCAUUUCCCAACUUCAUUUCAAACUGAUUCUUGAAUUACCAUGUGGGCAAGUUCUCCAUGUUAAAGUGCUUGCAAAUCUGUCUUUGUACUUCUCUACGGGGUUGCAAGGAGCCAAGUACUGGCUGCUUUGUGUUCACUUGACAUUUUAGCAGUAAAAACUGUUCUGGGAGUAAUCUAUUGUCUCAGUGGCGACCUGAGCCUUAGGACUCACUGUUCCUCAUGUGUUUCUGUCCAAUGUGAUAAGAAAACAAUUAAUGCUCUCCGUUCAGUUCUACUGUGACCAGUAGAUGGUUGAUGGUUAGCCUUGCCUUCGGGACAGGAUUCAUCUCAUAUUUUAGCGAAAGAUUCAUUGCUUAGGAACUGGAUUCAGCUGCUUUUAUUUAUUUCGCUUACAAAUGUCGUCUCCUGCCCAAGGGGUGAAAAGAAGAAGGUAAAAUGCCAUCUUACUCCUCCCACGCAGGACUCUACCUCCUAGUGAGGUGUCGGGAAUAAUGACAUGAUGGGACAUGUUGUGAAAAUAUAUUUGUGGCAGACUGUGGCACAUACAGAUCUAACUUCACACAUAAUCAUUCCUCUGGUUUACAUACUUUAUGAUGAAAGUGUAUGCAAGAUUAUUUAUUUGUAUGCUUAUUGUGUAGUUAUUGUGUUUUAUAAUUCAUUUUAAGAUUUGGACAUCUCAAAAUCAAACAUUUGAAAUGAAUGUCAAUGGGGAAAAAAGUGCUUAACGCAGAGCAGGUAAGGUCAUUCAUAAAACCGAACUGAGGUUAGUAUGAUAAAGGUGGCAGGUAGAUACCAGAAAGACUGGUUGUGGGAUAAAAAUAGACCUAAGCAUUAGAGUGCACUUUUAAGUCCAAAAUAAAUGUCUACUUUUACACAUUCUUUGCUGGUUGAGUUGCGAACACCACAACUGUCAGAUCCUUGAAAAGUGGGCAUGUACUGUAUGAUUGUAUGAUUCAUGUAUACACAACAAGAGUUAUCUGUGUCAUGUACAUUUAAGUGAUGUUACCAGCCUGUGUAGUGUAGUGUCGUGCAUAAAUAUAAUAAAAGGAUAUUCA